AUGGCGAGCUGCGCCAACUGCGGUAAGGAGGCAUCUCAAAGAUGCAUCGGCUGUAUUGAUGUCCCCGAGUAUCUCGAUGGAGAUUCUGCUGGUAUUUUCUACUGCGACCACGAGUGCCAGACGACUGACUGGCCCAACCACAAAAGGAGGUGCAACAACUUGAAGCGCCGCAAGUCUCUACUCCGAGCAGCAAAGCUUCUCAAGAAGACUCUCUUAUCCUACAAAGAAGUUAUUUUUGACUGGGACCUGACAGAGAUCGAGCCUCGCGAUGACGCUCUCAUUCUCAAGCAUGAUAACAGGCGUCCAAGCUGGGAGAAGCCUAUCAAUUUCCCGGACCACCUUACCAGUGUCCCAGAGCACAAGGAAGCUGCUCUGAUGAAGCGUAUGGCCCUCCACGCACUGUCGAUUCUUGGCCCCAUGACUCGGGCCCUGGUGAAAUGCCUUGUCUGCCGUCUGGAGACUGUUUACGUCCAAAUCAAGAACCCCCCGUACCCUGCCAUUAUGGACCCUCCUGACGCGGCCAUCUUUGAUAUGAUGAAGCCAAACGUCCAUACAGUCGUCAUAGGGACUCUGCGAGGUUCGGGCGAAAGAUGGGUAAUUGAUAUCACCAGAUGUCAGUUUGGUCUCAAAGGCGUUCUGUUUCCUCUCGACAAGUACAUCACUGAGACGAAUUGCAAUGUCGAAUGGCCGGCCUCGCCUUACCUCCACAGCGAAAUCUACGAUCAACAGGAAAUCAUCGCCGUGCUUGGUACACCUCCGCCGGAGCCCAUGGCCGACAUCCUCAGGAUUACGCGGUACCGUCUGCACUUUGCGGAGUUGGUCAAGGAAUGUGUCGACAACAGCUUGAUCAAGGGCUCGGAUGCUGAGUUCGACGCCAAGAUGGAGGAAUUCUCGCAGAAGGUGAAGACGCACAUGUCCCUCUGUCAAUCCUUUUAA